GAAGAAGAUACAACAAACCUAUUACGUCACAGCCCCUCCCCCCACUCGCUGUCGGCAUCAAUGGCGGACGCCGAGGUGGAGGAGCGCGAUCGGCGCGCGCGGGAACUCGAGGACUUCGCGCAGCAAUGCCGACGGCGCCUGGAGGAGGUCGCCUCCUCCCUGGGGUGGAGCAUGGAGGUCCUGGAGCGAGCGGCGAGCGAGGAGAGCCCGGUUGUGUGUCCCAUAAACUCGGGGCACCGCAUGCCGGCCGCCUCACUGGAGCGGCACGUCGAGACAUGUCGACUCAGUGCGCAGGGCUACUCCAAGGACGACCAGGAGAAGAUGAUCGACACAACUUUUUUCUACGAGAAGGCCAAUGUCCCGUCGAUCAAGAUUGACAAAGAGCAGCAAGCACAAAUCAUCCGUGAGGCGAGGGUGAGGAGCUCGCAGGGCAUGGGGCUCUUUGCACCAGGCGAGUACUCGGUUGCACCAGGUGCGGUGCCGCUGACGUACGACCGUGCGGCGUGCGAGCUCACGCGAGCCGAUCGCGUCGCCAUUUACGACUUCAUGGUGGCAGAGGCGGCCAGGAUGGGGGCGGCCGUGAACCAGCCAAUUACGGACGAGCUCUAUAUCGACUGGGCGGCCAAGCUCAAGAAGGCCCAGGCGAAGCAGAGCGGCCCCAAGUCGCACCUCGAGGUGCUGGCCGAGAUGCGUGACUACAAGCGCCGGCGCCAGAGCUACCGCGCCAAGAACGUGCACAUCACCCGGCGCUCCCACACCGAGAUCCUCCGGGAGGUGAUCACCGUGCACACGGGCGAGCUGGCGCGGCAGUGGCGCGAAGAUGCCGCGGAGGGGGGCGAGGUGGAGGGGAGUGGCGGGGAGGCAGCGGCUGCACCGCCCUCCAAUGCGCCCGACAAUCGUACGACCGACCGACGCAGCCGGUCGAGGUCGCGAGAAACUCGGCGCUUGGAUGACCGGGAGACGAGAACCCGGAGCCAGAUUCGGGGCUGGGGCCGCGAUCACAAUCCGAACCGGAGUCGGGAACAGAGUCGGGAGCGAAGUCGGAACACGAGUCGCCAUCAAAGUCCAGAGCGGAGCAGGCAUGAGAGCAGGGAUCGCAGUCGGGACCUGGGCCGGAGGAAUCGAAGUCCGGAGCGUAGCAAGAACUGGCGUCAGGACCGGAGUCGGAUUCAAAUCCCGGUUGCCAGUCACAGCCGGGAUCGGAGUCCAGAACGGCAGAGCAGGAAACGGGACCGGAGUCGGGACCGGGAUGAAAGCGCAGAGCGGAAUAAUAAUCGCAGUCGGCAUCGUAGUCCGAAUCAAAGCCCGAAACGGAGUGGCAGCCGCAAUCGGAGUCCAGAACGGCAGAGCAGGAAACGGGACCGGAGUCGGGACCGGGAUGAAAGCGCGGAGCGGAAUAGUAAUCUCAGUCGGCAUCGGAGUCCGAAUCAAAGCCCGAAACGGAGUGGCAGCCGGAAUCGGAGUCCAGAACGGCAGAGCAGAAAAAGGGACCGGAGUCGGGACCGGGAUGAAAGCGCGGAGCGGAAUAGUAAUCUCAAUCGGCAUCGGAGUACGAAUCAAAGCCCGAAACGGAGUCGCAGCCGGAAUCGGAGCCGGAAUCGCAACCCGGAUCCAAAUUCGGACCGGAGCAGCAGCGGCAGCGGGAGCGAGAAUUCCCACGGGAUUGCCGAGAAGAAGCGACGCAAGAAGAAAAAGAAGAAGAGGAAACGGAAGCGCGAGAGGAGCCAUCGGAAGAGCCAGGAGUGUGGUGGUGGCGGUGGCGGUGACGAGGAGGAGAGCAGCGAGGCAACGUAGACGCACCGUGUGCGCCGGUGCUGAAGCUGCGGGUAAAUGCGCAGCUCUGCAACCGCUCGCUCAUGCUGCUACUGGCGAAAAGGCUUCCACUCUGGGGAACUCUAAAACGGGAAGUUGGUCUGCUCCCCACGCCGACGGGACGUGCUGGAAGAGGUGGACUAACCCACGUUUGUAGCCACGCGCGUGGCCUGCCUGCCAAUCGACCGACCGACCGACCGACCGUGGUUAAACCCCGUUCACACGGUGUGGACGGGAUUAAAGAAACCCGAGAUGGAGUUGAACCGGCGACGUCUGUUGGUUGCACGUCCAGUCUGCUGAGCGCGGGCGAUAGGAUCCGUCACGCCCACCACAUCUCCACGGCACGUGGGAGUUUGGCUGUAAUUUGAAAGGACCUCAAAGAGACCGUGGCCCCCACACUGGAUGUUAGACCGAGUUGCGUGGAUGUCGCGUGCCUUUACGUCGAUGUGAAUAAAACCUGUUCGCUACACAGCCGCGGUGGAGCUCAACUCUGGGUCACAUGGUGGUGUGUGUGGCGAUUGCUGCCCAGACUGAUCCGGUGUGAACCCACUCUUACCAUAACGUCGGUGGCUCCCAUCCCCCCUUGUCCUUGUCUUCUCCCCCCCCACCUACCGGGCCCAGUCAACUGCCCGCUUACAUCCUGCCGACAAAUAUUGCGAGUAAUGCUACAAUAACAAACACAAAAAUAUUACUGCGUUUUAAUUACGUUCACAUCUAAUUGACACCUACGACAUUCAGUUAACACUUCACAACCGUUAACUAUAAAUGUUUACAAUAUAAUAUUUACACUAAUAAAACCUCUUACCGGCGCCGUGAAGCCGGCUGGGAGGAAGUCACGUGGUUCGCUGGGGUGUGGAAUCGCUUUAGAGAUAUAUUGAUGGGAUUCAAGAAUGUAUUUUGUACAAUUUGUAAAAUAAGUUGCAGAAAUAAAUGGUGAUAAUCGGAACGGGAGGUAGCACGAGCAUAACACGUGGAAGGCCGAGGUUUCCAAGGCCACGGGUUCCCCAAAUUUCACACUCCAGGUAAGCACAUGGCAUUAGAAAUACUAGUGCUUUCGUUAACACAUGUCCACUGCUGUUGCGUGAAUUGUCUCGCGUACGUCUCCCCCCCCCCCCCCCUCUGUCAUCCACCCCUCCCACCCAGAGUUGUCACACAUACCCCCGGGGUUACGCAUACCACUGGUUAACUACCGCUGCCCUACAUCGCACGGGCCAACGAUGCGUCAAGCUGCAAAGUGUCCUCGUAAUAACGGGUUCGGGCCUUCCAACGUGUAAAAAUCGGAUGGAUUUAUUUGGCGAUAAAAAAAAAAACACCAUCCUUGGCUCGCGCGCCGCUGAACAAACCCGCACGGCUCGCGCCGUGGUUUUGCCGCAUCGGUCGUAAUUGCUUCGGUCUCCGGCCUGCUCGCCUGCUAUUACGCACCGGCUCUUCAACGGCCGACCCCAACGCAGCGGACGUCCGCGCGACGUCCAAUUUCAAGCAAAGCCCUGCGGCGACAUGCACCGGCUGGGGGACACGCGUGAUUUGUAACGCGACCUGCAGGAGGAGUUGGAAGUUAUGGGUUUUCAAAUGACGGUCCUUGCACUUCAAGUUUUUUCAACGUUUACAAUCCGCAGGUGUGCAUGUUGAGGCAAUGGCUCGAAUGAGACACAUUCUGCACGUUCGUCGGUGACACUGCAGAGAGGUGAUCUGCUAUGAAGAAGGGCCGUUUCCUGACACGUCACCUGUUAUAUAUCACUACUGUCAGGGGGCAGCGAUGUUGACGGAUGUGUUGAGUUUUUUGUUUUCUGUGCUUGUGCACCACUGCCAAUGCUCCGUCACAAUCGCUUUGUUAAAGACCUGAAUGUUUAAUUGCAUCUCUUCUCUUAUGAUGGGAAAAACAUUAUUCCACAAUAAACCCUCGAUUAAUCUUCA